AGGGGAGGAGAUACAAAAGGGAGGAACAGAGUGGAGAGGAAGGGAGAGAGACAUAGUAAGGAGGAUUAGGAACAAGAGUGAGUUGUUACCGGUGAUAAAGACAGACAAUUUUGAAUUUCCUCCUGCAGCUUCCUUGCACAGUGACAGCAACGGUGUGUUUUAAACAUCCAGAAGUGGAAGUGUAAGCGACAGAGAAAGGGAAUUGCCUACUAGUAGAGGUCAGGCAGGCAGACAGACAGACAGGGGGAAGCCGGUGGAUGUUUUUAAGAGUUUGCUUAUCUGACACUGACAACAGGAUGAGAAGCUAAGCAAGGGAACAGAGAAAACACAGCAGAGUAAAAACAUGGAGAGAGAAGCAUUACCCAGAGUGCAUUUACACAGGAGACGUAGGAGAGACAGGCUCUGAAAGAGGAGUGGAAGCGAGAGACGAGGGAUCGUAACACUGGAGCUCAAGGAUAAACCAUGGACUCUGCAUACAUCCCAACACACCUGGACGUCCACCAUGUUCCCUGCUAACCUCCUCCUCCUCAUGGUCCUGCUGCUACCUCAAGCCUCGUCUGGUCGCCAGGGUGGAGACACCAGCGAGAUCAACCAUGGAAAGGUACACUCCAUGCCUCCCCCUUCAUCACCCACACCGGCUGGUACCCACCUUGAACCCGGUUUGGCUCAGACCAUCCAGAGUCUUCUCCUGAGCCGACUGGGCCUGAAGUCGCAGCCUGACCCUCAGCCUGGAGUGCAGGUGCCCCGUUACCUCCUGGAUCUCUACCGUUUUCAUCAGCAGCAGUACCAUCUAGUGGAGGACCCUUUAUUUAGCUUCCCCAGCCAACAUAUCCAGCAGGCCAACACCGUACGCAGCUUUCACCACUCCGAGCCAUUUGGAGACAGUCCAGCAGCAGAAGAUCAUAAGAAGGUGCUCAUCUCCUUUAAUAUCUCCUCCAUCCCGCAGGAUGAGAAGGUGCUUUCCGCCGAGCUCCGACUCCUCCGCAAUGCCAGGGCCUCUUUGGGCCCCGGGCCCCACAGACUGAACCUGUUCCUCUCUGACAUCCAUGAUGACGCAGAACCUACCCUGAUAGAGACAAGGUUACUCAGUACUGGUCUCCAUAAUCCCACAGAGAGUGAUGUCUGGGAGGCGUUUAGUCUGAAUGCAGAGCUCCUCCAUAAGGCCCUCGCUGGGACUGGCAGCCUGGGUUUCUCCCUGGAGGUCAGGCCGGAGAAUAGCAGCACCUCAUUAUAUGAACAAAACCUCUUGUCUGCUGCAGACAAGAAGGACAAAAUGGAACACAAAGAGGGGCAUCUGAGGGUACGUAGGUCUGUGGGGCAGGAUGAGCACAGCUGGGCUCAAGAGAGACCCCUUUUGGUGACUUACAGUCAUGACGGGCGUGGAGAGGCUUUAGUCAAACAUGGCAGGAGGACCCCCAGUGGUGGCAAGAAAAUGCGAGGCAGAAAUGGGACAAAGGAGAGGGCCAGGACCAGCGGCAUGGGCCGCCUUAGGGACCAAACCAGGGGAAGGUCUAAAAAAACAGGGUAUACAGUGCCAGGCUGGGGAGGUGACAAGGUAGGGAUCAGCUGGAGCGACCGUGGAAGGGUCAAAAGAAACGGUGGUCGUGCAGCAAAACUAAAACGCCUCUCCCGUAACAGAUGCCGCCGCCAUCCUCUGUACGUAGAUUUCAAUGACGUGGGCUGGCACAGGUGGAUCAUCGCUCCCAGCGGCUACGAUGCCUUCUUCUGCCUGGGAGAGUGUCGCUUUCCUCUGGCCGAACACAUGAACUCCUCUAGCCACGCUAUGGUGCAGACUCUGGUAAACUCUGUGAAUGGAGCAGUGCCCCGGGCCUGCUGCGUCCCCACCUCCCUCAGCCCCAUCGCCCUGCUCUACCUGGACCCUCAAGACAGAGUGGUACUGAAGAAUUACCAGGACAUGGUGGUGGAAGGCUGUGGCUGCCGGUAGUGAGGUGGAGAACAGACCCAGACUGAAGGGAAAAGGAGACAAACAUAAGCAUAAAAGGCAGAUGGUGGGAAGAGGAGAGUGUUGGACCCAGCUAACUGCAAACAGACGUACAGACUGAUAGAGACAAAUGUAGCAGCAAAGAGGGAUGCAAGAAGAGGAGAAGGAACAUAAGGGAAUGAAUAUAGCAGCUAAAUAAUCAUUAUUAUGAGCAAUGAAAAAGUAAAAGAAACAGAUCAGACAAGCCAGGAAAUGACUAUAAAACAGAGCAAAGGAAGAAGUGCAACAGCAAUGAAGUCAGUGUCGAACCUGUCAGAAGUUAUUAUAUACAUUUGCCCAUUUAAUGACGAUGCAGCAGUCUACACAGUUAAUUGACAGGCUAAUUGUUCAUUCAUAAGAAGCCGGUGCCAGCUUUAACAUCAGAUAACUCUAGUCUGCAUUCAUGUUUGCAGCUCAUCUCACUCUCACAUGAAUGUCUGACAGGCACAUGCGUGUGUUAAAAUAGUCUUCAAGAGCCAAAUGCCAAAGCUUCAGAGACAUUUACAGCUCUGCAGUGUAUUUUAUGCUAACUGUGUAUCUUUUGAUGAACUCGCUGAUCAUCAGCAGCACUAGCAAUACGACGAUGGCACCAGCACGGCAUCUAAGUUUUAUCUGACAGUGUUUUGUCUGCAGUAUUUGAAGUGAGAGAUAGGGUGCAAACAUUUUUAUGAACAUCAGAGGUUAAUAUAAUGACAGACUGUCCCUGACAAGCACCCAUACAUCACAAGCUAUUUAAAACCAUGACAAUGUUGUAAUGCUGAGGAACUAUUAUGCUAUUGUUUGAAUGUACUUCUAUCAUUAUUAUUUAAAAACUUUUUGUACAUUUCUUUUGCAGACGUGAAGAAAAUCCAAGUGAUGGUUGUCUUGUGAUUAUACAUAAUUCCACUGAAUGACUCUAACUUAAAAGACACAUAUGUAUUUAAAUAGCAGCAAUAUGUUGUAUUUAAUCUUGAAAAUAUUUAAGAUACAUGCACACAACAGAGCAUACAGCAAACUGAAAGCCUGCCUCCCACACGAAGUAAGUUAUGGACGCUUCACAUCUGUACAAAUGUUCAAUGUAUUGAAUUAAAAGUCUGUGUUAUGUUAACUGUCCAUGUAAUCAUUGCAGACAUUUUUGGUGUACAACACAUGAUAGCAGACAUACGUGGUGUUGCCAUUAAAAGCUCAACUAACCAAUCGGUCGAAAGCUCUAUGUAUUGUAGCUACUGAAGUGUGUAACAACAGGUGUCUUUGCUAGUUGUGUCUGCAUGUGUGACUGAUACUAAAACUGGGACUUUAGUGCCUUCCAAACAGGGGCUUUAAAAGUGUUCUCUGCUGAGCUACGUAAUUGUUUUCAGUGUCGCAUUUUUCUCUCUGAAAGGAAACAUUUAAGCAACAGCUUGUAAAAUGUUUGACAAUAUACCUCUAAUAAACAGAGCAAACAGCA